GCAAGCCAGGGGUGGAGUCCCCAAGGGGACAUAAGCAGGGCUCUGUCUACGCCAAGAGGGAGCAGGUGCGGGAGCAGGUGCAGCAGCAGGAGACACGCAUGCCAGGUCCGAUUCCAACAGCAGGUCCUGCGCGGGUCUCUGAGCUUUUAAAAGGAGAGCGUCCCUGAACCGGCCCUGAUUCCGGACCUGCCGCGCCAUGAGGACUCUCAUCACCCUGCCCCUGCUCCUCCUGGGAGCCCUGGCCCAUCAGGACUGGACGUAUACAGAGGGGCCGAACGAUGAGACACACUGGCACGAGGAGUACCCCACCUGCGGGGGGCACAGACAGUCGCCCAUCGACGUGCAGAGGAAGAAGGUGCGGUACAACCCCUCCCUGAAGGCGCUGAACCUGACCGGCUACGAGGCGCAGGGCGGCGACUUCUUCAUGACCAACAAUGGCCACACAGUGCAGAUCAGCCUGCCCCCCACCAUGCGCAUGACCACGGCCGAGGGCACGGAGUACAUCGCCGUGCAGAUGCACUUCCACUGGGGCGGCGCGGCCUUAGAGAUCAGCGGCUCCGAGCACACCGUCGACGGGCUCAGAUAUGCGGCUGAGAUUCACGUCGUUCACUACAAUUCCAAGUAUGAAAGCUACGACGUAGCCAAGGAUGCUCCCGACGGCCUGGCCGUGCUGGCGGCCCUCAUCGAGGUCAAGGACUAUGCGGAAAACUCGUAUUACAGCAACUUCAUUUCUCACUUGGAAGAUGUCAGGUAUUUAGGACAAAACACCGUUCUGCGCAGCCUGGACCUCCAGGACAUGCUGCCCGCAAACCUCCGCUUCUACUACACCUACGCGGGCUCCCUCACCACCCCUCCCUGCACGGAGAACGUGCGCUGGUUCCUGCUGGCCGACUUCGUGCAGCUCUCCAGGGCUCAGAUUAGGAAGCUAGAGAAUUCCUUACUGGGUCACCAGGACGAGACCAUCCACAAUGUGUACCGCACGGCCCAGCCCCUGAACGGCAGAGUGGUGGAAGCCAACUUCGAGGAGCACUCUAAUUAUCGCUCUGAGCUCCAGUCCUACCUGCGCAAGAUCGACGGUAAGCUCGAUGACCUGCUGAGAUCCGAGAGGAAAGUGAAGAAAGUGAAGAAGAGAGGCAUACUCUAUUGA